AUGACGGCCUCAGUUAUUUUUGCAUUGUCAUUACUGUUCGCGAUUCUAGUUCUUGUAUAUGGUAACGGAAGAAAACAUACCGAAUCACCCAGAAGGGAACCAAAAUUCAUUUCCUUCAAUUCGGAGGACGGAAAAAUUGAUGUCGAUUUGGACUUAUCAAUUCCAUUUAUCUCGAUCCCAUUGGGUGAUAAAGAUGAAAAAGAUGGACCUAGACCUCUAGUUAACAUAAACACAAAAUCAAUCACAGUUGCCGGAAUUUUAGCUGCGAUAACAGCCUUCGUGAUUCCGCUACUAUUCAAAACACCAAGUCAUCCUCAAUAUCGUUUUGAUGACGAGUUCAGUAUCUGGGAUGCAGGGCGAGCGCUUAAUGAACUCGUGCUUGGGAAUAAUUAUGUUACUCCUUGCAUUCAACGAGCGAUUUGCGGGGCGAUUGCAAGGGUGGACAGGGUGAAUACACCCACGGGAGCUGAUAAAAUCGUUGACGGACUCGCCAAUUUGAAAUUGAUAAAGGAUCUCAUCAAUGGAACAUCAAUCCAAGAAGCCGUGGAUGCCGGUCACCACUCAAAUGAACAAUGUCUUAAUUAUUUCGGCGGCUGUAAGAUGGCUCCAGAAAUAUUUGAAGUGCUCCUCACUGAACUGGGAAUUCAAUAAAAAUUUUCUCAUCAGCUUGAGAAAAACUCAGUGCUCAAUCUCCACGGGAAUUAAAUCACUGGAGACGGUAAAAAAUUGAAAUGUUUAUUAACAUUUUGUGAAUAUAAAUACGAACGUUGAACAUUGAAA